CCAUCAUCAAGAUGCUAGAAAACACAACAAAGGCAGAGGAGGAAGACGUCAACGGAACGUCUUCACUUGUCUUCAUUUCAGUUCCUGAGUUUGACUGGCAGCCGGAGACGGUGGGCGUGGUCAGCAGUGCGUUUCUAUGGGGAUACCUGUUCACACAGGUGCCCGGAGGCUACCUGGCCGCAAGGUAUCCUGCCAACAGAGUGUUUGGAGUAGCUCUGUUCACCACCUGUAUCCUGAACCUGUUCUUGCCCGUGUCAGCCCGGGUGGGGUGGGGGGCGCUGGCCGCCGUACGCGUGCUGCAGGGUCUAGCGGAGGGGAUGACGUACCCGGCGGCUCACGGCAUCUGGAGCAACUGGGCGCCUCCGCUUGAGAGGACCCGCCUCUCCACCAUCACAUUCGCAGGCACGUACUUCGGCGCAGUGACCGGCAUGCCCCUGUCUGGCCUGCUGGCAGAUCUGAUGGGCUGGGAGUCGCCUUUUUACUUUUACGGUGCUAUCGGAAUCAUGUGGUCCUGCGGCUGGUACUUCGUCUCCUCCCCCUCCCCCGCCAGACACACCUUCCUGUCCAGGGAGGAACAGCUGUAUAUAGAAGAGAGCAUCGGGAAUAAAGGGGAAAACAAAAUUAUGGCGCGCUAA